UGAAGGGGGGAUUGGACGAGAAACCGUUUGAGACCACUCACGCCCUAAGGGGCUGGUGGUCUAGUCUCUCCUGCUCCUCAGCAGAGCUGCGGGGUCGGGCAGCGCGGGGAUGGACGCCGGAGCGGCGCCCGCUGGCGGCGCCCCUGGGCAGCCCGUGCUGAAGAGGCGCAGGCGCGUGACGCCGACGCUGCUGACCACAGGCGGGGCGCAGGGCAGCGGGGCCCCGCCGCCGGUGCCGCCGGCCAGCCCGGCGGCCGCCUCGUCCGCGCCUCGAGGCUCUCUCUUCCUCCGCCCUCCACCGCCCGACGCGCCCACGCCCUCGCCGGCAGCCUCGCCGCACGCCGCGGCAGCCUCGCCGCCCUCCGCGGCCGCCGCGCCGGCGCCGGGCGCCGCGGCCCCCGCGGCGCCCGCCGAGCGCGAGGCCGCCGCGCCGGCGCCCGCGGGCGGCGCGGCCGCCGCGGGCGGCGCGGCCGCCGCGGGCGGCGCGGGGCAGGACGGGGAGGACGACGGUGAGGGCAGGGCGAGGGAGGGGCACGGCAACGGGCAGCGCCGCGUGGCGCGCCGCCCCGAGGUGUGGGUGUCGCAGUGGGGCGCGGACGGGGCCCUGGUCGAGUGUUUCGCGCAGGGCGGCGAGCACGAGAGGCCCCGCUGGCAGGCGGCCGUCGGCUGCUGUACUCCGCGCCAGCUGGCGGUCGAAGGUGACUUCGUGGCCCUGGCGGGCGAGCGGGAGGUGCACGUGCUGUGUGCCAGCAGCGGCCGCACGAUCUUCCCGGCCAUCGUGCUCUGCAGUCCUCCCGCGCUCCUCGAGCUGAGCCCAAGUGGACAGCUCGUGCUCAUCUCAAAGGACGGGUCACUGCAAGCCUGGGACCUGCCCGCGGGCUUGCGGCGCGUGCAGUCCUCCCUGGCGCACGUGUGCCGGCCCUGCGAGGUCGAGCGGGUCGGCGCCAGGCCGCGGACCGGGGAGCCGCUGGUCAGACUCGCGGACGGCAGGCUGCUGCUCUUCCACGCGGGCCUCCAGCACUGGACGGUGCUGGCGGGCGUGCACGGCGCGGCGGCGCUGCCGCGGCGGGAGCCGGACGCGGCGCCGGCCGCCGCGGAGCCCGGGCCGCCCGCGGCCGAGCGCGGCGCCCCGCUCGGCGCGGCGUGCGCCGGCGACGCCGAGGACCAGGCGCAGAGGGUCGGUCGGUCAGUGUGUGGGUGCGGUUCCCCAGUGGAACACGUGCAGGCCUCUGAGCUGACGAUCGGCCAGGAGUCCCUAUCUUUGGUGCUUCACCAGAGCGUCGGCACCCAGCUGCGCCCGCACUCCAUCCAGACGGAUAGGAGUGGCAAGCGCGGGCCAUGGGCGUCGCGCCAGUGGUCCAGGAAGUGGGUCUUCAGCGGCAAGAUUCGCAAGGGGGCCGAGGGGACCGAGGGGACAGAGUUAGCGGUGAUACCAGCCAUCCCCACCAACGAGUCGUACAAGGGCAUCGACGGCGGCGAGUGGAUGCUCACGGGGCGCGACGUUGCCGCGGCGUCGUUCGAGGCCCACCGCGCCUUCUACCUCAUGCAGCACGGCAAACAGCUGUUCGUCGGACUCUCGCCUUACAUCCUCCACAGGACCCUGGGCAACAUAGUGGUCAUCACGGCCUACCUGCGGCAAGGCGACUGGAACUACGAGCCCGCUAGGUGGGGCAACAAACAUUGGAUCCUACGCUUGGGCGGGGCCAUCGCUAUCCCGAAGGGUUGCCGCGCUACGUGCGGUAAGGGGAAAGGCUAUGUUUACGACCGUGGUAUCGCCAGGGCCGGCGUGGCGCGCAGCAUAAUCAUGGAGGCAUAUCACUAUGUCCCGUGGAAGACGCAUUGCGGCAUCGAGAUCACGGUAAGCAUCUGUCACGCUUGGCCAUACAGUUGCAUCAAUAUCCCGAGCGCGUUACGGACAAUUGGCAGGCCGAAGCGCGUCGCGGCCCACAAUAUCAAGAGGUCCAAGGCAAGGCCCAGGAACAUGAAGAGCCGCAAGGCGCGGGCGCAAAAGGCAAAGGCACAUUCCAGGAAGUCCUACGUCGUGUGGGCCAGCGGGCGUGGCAGCAGGCUCUUGGUAAGUUACACCAAGGGGCUCGAGGCCUUGAGGUUCGCCAAGCCCUACGCGGAGGUCCACAUGCUUUCCCGCAAGGAUCUUCUACUCGAGAUGGGGGAUGGCCAGAGCAAGGUCUACGACAGCGCCAACCGGAAGAAGCUCCUCAUCGUGUUUGUCGGGCGGGGCUCCCCCGCGGCGCUCGUCGCGCUCGAGAAGCAGGGCGACCGCGCGAAGGUGGCCCACCGCGGCGCCGCCCGCGGCUACGACGCGGACGCGGCCAAGCGAGGGGUCGUCACCGAGGUCGCGGGCCUGGCGCCGUCGUCGACCCUCCAGAUCCGCGGGCAGGCAGCAAGGGUGAUUUCCGGCAAGGCACCCGGCAGGCACCUCGCCGCGUCGCUCGCGGCGACGGUGGGCGACGAAGACCCCGCGACCAAGAUUCUCAGAUCGCCCCAGAGCGGCCCUGGCAUUGGUUUGACCGUCCGCAGCGCGACCUCAGGGCCCGGCAGCGCUGCGCUGGCCGCGCGGACGGGCUCGGAACGGCAGCGCCCGCUGCCUUCCGACUGGCCCCGGCAGCCGGUGCAGUUUGUCCGCGAGUUCGUCGGCGCCAUCCAAAGCCGCGCGCGGGCGGGCGCGGCCGGGCCCUGCAUCUACGGGGAGUUCCUCGACAGGGGCGGCUCCGACGCGACCGCCACCAAUGUCGAGGUGGCCAGUCUCAUGCGACGUGGCCUCCGCGUGGCCGCUGGCCGUCAGUGGCCGGGGCCCAGGCUCGCUGGCGCGGCCAACCAGGUCGGCGCCGCGUGCCAAGCGCGCGAAACCGCGGAGCAGACGCCCGUGCAUCGCGUCUGGCUCUUCCCGUGCAACGAGGGCCACGAGGGCAACGCGGAUUCGGGCUCCGCGACGCCAUCCGCGCUUGCCAUCGCGGAGUUCCAGCCUGCCUCCCGGCUGCGGGGAGUCGCCUCGAAAGCGCGCGCCCUGGCUUUGCUGCUAGGAGAUGGAGUGGUGGGCGGAGAUGGAGUGGCGCGGCCUACGGCCCGGCAGGGAACGCAGACUUCGACAGUGCGGCGCGCAGAGCAGAUCGAGAUCCUGUGGAUACCUUCGCAAGGCGAGGACCAGGAGUUCACGGCGUGCCUGCAGGCCCUGACGCGGUCGCUCGCGACGCGCGACAGGGGCCGGCUGCGCCAGUGGUGCGCGGCGUUGCUCGGCGGGAAGGUCGGUUCCUCGGCAGUUUCCUGGCCUUGGUUGUCCGGGGAGCUGUCCUUGAUGAAACUCGCUGGCAGGGAGCUGGUCCAGAGCGUCGUGCUGCCGACGCUGGCUGGCACCGCCGGCGCGCAGGAGUUGCGCGCCGAGGUGGCCGGCGUGGCCGGAGCGCUGCCGUCUGACGGCGCCGCGCCUGCCGCCGCGGUGUUCUGA